UCGAAGUCGAUGUAAUUCAUUGUUCCGAGAUGUAAACAACCUCAAAUACAAUAAUAAAUUGUACAAAUCCAUUCUUUUAUCGUGCAGCGUAUCAUGCCCCACAAUGAAUUUGGCGUUGGCUGAAAGUACCCAAGAGAAAGUUCCAUCUCUUCUUGAAGAUAUUUUAAAACGAAUUCGGACUGACGAGAAAUCGACUAAUUUAGAACAAGCAGAUAUUUUUCUUGUUUUACUUAUUGUUUUACUGUGGGAAAAUGGUUUUUUCCUGAUGGUCGAUAGCAAAAUAGAGUCCCAAUGUUUACAACUAAUUGAUAACAAAUAUUUAUCCAAAUGGAAAAUCUCUACAGGGGUUUAUGAGUUAACAUUUGUGCUGGGUGGUUUUAGUGGCACUUCAAUUAAAUUAGUGGUAUGCCCACUCGGAACUUCUAAUCUGAUAACUGCGGUUAUUACUCAUAGUGACAUUAAUCCAGAAACAUAUUCAGUAUGUAUCCCUAUGAGCCGUUAUAUAGUGGACAUGGAGGCUUCAACCGUUCCAAUGAUGUUUCACGACUUAAAACAUCUAUCGGACACAUUUAAAACCAGAAUUAUUAACCCACUAAAAAGCACAUUACUGAACUAUUAUGGUUAUCCCAGUCCAAGUUUGGUGGGCUUACCUGAAGAACUCAUAUUCACAAUAUUGUUGUACUUACCUGUACCUGACAUCAUAAGUAUUGCCAGAACAUGUACAAAAUUAAGUUUAUUACUAAAUAAUGAAUGUUUUUGGCAUAAAUUGUUUCUAAGGGAUUUCUCUAAUACGGUAUUGAAAGAUUGUCAAGACUGGAAAACUUUAUAUAGAAGAAUGUACACCAUGCAUCAAGAAUCAUUACAUAAAGCGAGGAGAUUAGGAGGUACUUUGCACGAUUUAAUGGAUGUUGCUGAUUAUACGUCUUAUAUUGAUAAUCCUAUGUGGGAUGAUAUUACUUAAUUUAUUGCUUGUUAAGUUUUGAUUAUGGUUUUGUUAUUUGUCCAAUUUAUACUUACAUUAUUCCUAUAUAAUGAUUAAAAUAUCUAUUAAUCUUGCAGUCUAAAUAAACAAA